UCCGGCUCUGCCCGACUGCCUAGCCAAUUGGGUUAAGGAUGGCGCCCGGCAAUAGCUGUAUGGUCCAUGUGGAGGAGGAGAGGUUGCUGGCAAAAGAGAAGAACAAGCUGAGAAAGCCAGUUGUGGAGAAGAUGCGCCGCGACCGGAUUAACAGCAGCAUCGAACAGCUGAAGGUCUUGCUGGAGAAGGAGUUCCAGAGACACCAACCCAACUCCAAGCUGGAGAAAGCCGACAUCUUGGAAGUGGCCGUCAGUUACUUGAAACAGCAACAGCAAACCCAGGGCCAAGCCUUCGGCCAGAAGAAUCCAGAACUCGACUUCAACACCGGGUACCUGCGUUGCUUGAGGGAAACGUUCAAUUUCCUCUCCUAUUGCGAACCCAAGAGGGAAACGCAGACCCGACUGAUUAAGCAUUUCUGCAAAGUCCAUGUGAUCGCAGACCACCCGUGCCCACCCGCUUUGGCCACGUGCUGCCUGCCCGCGCCCCCGCGCCCUCUCCCCAAGAAACACGCGGCCUGCAAGAACCCACCGGCCGCAGUCACCAUCUGGAGACCGUGCCAAACUGUCGCUUGUGCGCCUGGCGAUAGCAGCAUGGCACCCACCGCCCACCCUCUCUUGCUGAACAUCCUGGCCUCCAAAGAGAAAAACAGACUACGGAAGCCCAUGGUGGAGAAACUGCGCCGGGACCGCAUCAACAGCAGCAUCGAGCAACUGAAACAUCUGUUGGAGAAGGAGUUCCAGAAACAUCAGCCCAACUCCAAGUUUGAGAAGGCAGAUGUUCUGGAGAUGACCGUCAGCUACCUGAAAUAUAGCCAAACAAUGGCAAUCUCAUCUGAAAACAUAACCCAGGAUUACGGCAAAGGUUAUUCCUCCUGCUUGAAGGAAACACUGCAGUUUCUGGCUGUUCAUUCAGCAAACACUGAAACCCAGCUAAAACUCUUAAACCACUUCCAGAAGCCCUGGGCAGCAGUUGCCAAGAAGGAGCCCUCUCCUUCGACCCCUUCUCCGGCCCAGCAGCUGACCCCCAAAAAGGCCGUGCCGAAGCCCUCCUGCAAACUGUGGAGGCCUUGGUAG